AUGCGUAGCAUUGUCACUUUGCUCGUUUAUUUUUCCAUUGCAUCCUUUUUCGUUUCUACCAAUGCCGGAAGAAAACUUCUCGACUCUAGAAAUGUCUCCACCAGUGGAGCCAGCAACUUCACUAUCGUCUGUGAUCCUUCGAGGUACUCCAAACUCGGAUUGGAUAUGUCAGUCCUUGGCUUCUGCAACUUAAAAUUGACAUACGAUGCAAGGGCCAAGGACUUGGUGGACAGGAUGACAUUGGCAGAGAAAGUGAAGCAGCUCGGAAACAAAGCAGUCGGGGUGCCUAGACUUGGUUUGCCUAAUUACGAGUGGUGGUCUGAGGCACUCCACGGUGUUUCCAACGUCGGUCCGGGGACUUAUUUUGAUGAUGUCAUUCCCGGUGCAACAAGCUUCCCUCCUGUCAUUCUCACCGCUGCGGCGUUCAACGAGUCCUUGUGGAAGGAGAUUGGUCAGGUUGUUUCAACGGAAGCAAGAGCCAUGUACAACCUAGGAAGGGGUGGGUUGACAUAUUGGAGUCCAAAUAUCAAUGUAGUGAGGGAUCCAAGGUGGGGAAGAGCCACAGAAACACCAGGAGAAGAUCCUUAUGUUGUUGGAGCUUAUGCUAUAAACUAUGUCCGAGGCUUGCAGGAUGUUGCUGGUACAGAGAAUUUUACAGACUUGAACUCUAGGCCUCUUAAGGUCUCCUCGUGCUGCAAGCUCUAUGCGGCCUAUGAUGUCGAUAACUGGCUUGGUGUGGAUCGUUACCAUUUUGAUGCCCAAGUGACGGAGCAAGAUAUGUCGGAGACUUUCCUUAAACCAUUUGAGAUGUGUGUUAAAGAUGGUGAUGUUAGCAGUGUAAUGUGCUCCUACAACAAGGUUAAUGGUAUACCAACUUGUGCUGAUCCAAAGCUCUUGAAAGAUACCAUUAGAGGAAAUUGGAACCUUCAUGGAUAUAUUGUUUCAGACUGUGAUUCUUUAGAAGUAAUGGUGAAUGGCCACAAAUGGCUUGGUGACACCGGAGUAGAAGCUUCUGCACAAGCAUUAAAAGCAGGGUUGGAUUUGGAUUGUGGAGACUACUACCCUAAUUUUACUGAAACUGCCGUGAAACAAGGAAAGGUAAAGGUCCAAGAAAUAGACAGGUCUCUAAGGCAGCUUUAUGUGGUACUUAUGAGACUAGGGUUCUUUGAUGGAAACCCUAUUUACAAUUCCCUUGGCAAGAAGGAUGUGUGCUCCCAAGAACACAUCGAAUUGGCAAUGGAAGCAGCCAAAGAAGGAAUUGUCUUACUAAAGAAUGCCAACGAAACUUUGCCUCUCAACUCGUACAAGAUCAAGAAAUUAGCUCUCGUCGGGCCUCAUGCCAAUGCUACUACUGCUAUGAUUGGAAACUAUGCAGGUAUUCCUUGUAAGUUCGUCUCACCUCUUGAUGCAUUUUCAACGUACGGAAAAGUGAGGUAUGAAAUGGGAUGUGAUGGUGUUAAAUGUGUAAAUGAGAGCCUGAUAUUCCCAGCCAUGCAAGCUGCAAAGGAAGCUGAUGUGACCAUAAUUUUUGUUGGAUUAGACUUAUCAAUUGAGGCCGAGAGCUUGGAUAGGACUGAUCUUCUUCUUCCAGGGUACCAAACUCAAUUCAUCAAUCAAGUUGCUCAAGUAUCCAAAGGUCCAGCAAUUCUAGUGAUAAUGUCUGCAGGGGGUGUUGAUAUCAGCUUUGCCAAGAACAAUGAUAACAUCGAAGCUAUUUUAUGGGCUGGAUACCCUGGUGAACAAGGUGGCCAUGCUAUUGCAGAUGUUGUUUUUGGACAUUACAAUCCUGGUGGAAGAUUACCUCUUACAUGGUUCCCAGCUGAUUAUGUAGAUAUGUUGCCAUUAACUUCCAUGCCCUUGAGGCCAGUUGAUAGCUUAGGAUAUCCUGGUCGUACAUACAAGUUCUAUAAUGGCUCCACAGUGUACCCAUUUGGAUAUGGUCUUAGCUACACCCAAUUCAACUACACUAUACUAUCUGCAAAGAGAUCUCUAGAUAUAAAGUUAGAGAAGUCUCAACACUGCCGUGACUUGGAGUACAAGGAAGGGAAACGAAGGCCACCCUGCCCUUCAGUCCUUAUUGAUGACUUGGAUUGCCAAUAUGAUUUCGAAUUUGAGGUUGAAUUACAAAAUGUGGGCAGAAGGGAUGGAAGUGAAGUAAUUAUGGUUUACUCAAAACCCCCAAGUGGCAUUGCCUCUACACAUGCUAAGCAGGUUAUUGGGUUUAAGAGGGUUUUUGUGAAAGCUGGAAUGAGUGAGAAGGUCAAGUUUAUUUUCAGUGUUUACAAGAGCUUAGGAAUUGUUGAUUACACAGCUUAUAAUCUAUUACCAUCAGGAAGACACACCAUUUCGCUCGGAGACGAUGUGGUUACAUUCCCUCUCCAACUCAACCUUUUGUAG